UAUUUAUCACUAAUUCUAGCCGCAUUAGGCAUAUUCGAUAAAGCUAAUUCGUUUUGUUUCAUUUCUCAAGGAACUCAAUGCGCGUCCGACAGAGAAUGUCGUGGUGGAGAAUGCGUACCCAUUUCCGAAUCACUGGAAUUAUUUGAGAAGCAAAAAGGUAGUUGGAGCGAAUGGAAAGAAGGUUCCUGCAGUAGCGGUUGUUUGCAAAAGUCCAAAGGUGCCCGAAUCAGACGAAGAUUUUGUGAGAAUCAAAACCGUGGAACAGCAAAGGAUUGCAAGGGACUGUAUCACGAUGUGCUCUUGUGCAAAGACGAGAAACUUUGCAAAAAAAAACGCAGGACAAUUGACGAGUUUGCUACGUUAAAAUGUGGCCUGUUCGGCAAGAGAUUAUCCAAAUUGGAUGGCACGGCGAAAGGAUUGCAGGUGCCCCAUGAAGCCAACAGGCCAUGGAUAGCUUGCACUAUAUUUUGCCGACGAAAAGACAUUGCCGCUUAUUACACGCCACGCAUAGAAUUAAAUGACCUUGGCCUCAACCCAUACUUUCCUGAUGGUACAUGGUGCCACACCGAAGAGGACCAAGAAUACUUCUGUCGUCAGCAUCAUUGCCUACCAGAAAACUUUCGAAUUGGAAAACAAUUGUCAAUUCAUUGGUACAAGGAUAAGAAUGAAAAUGAGGAAUUAGGAUCGCAAAACGCGCAAAAUAGAUUUGGAAUUGCCGAUCGAGUCAUCAAGUACCUAGCGUCAGGUCCGAAUGGUUUACCUUUGCUAACUUCCGUGUCAUAUGGUAUCGCUUCUCCGUUCGGCGAAGAUGAAUGGGACGACAAAGAUUACAUAGAGUUACCUCCAUCUGUAUCCGAAUUAUCUUAUCCCAUGGAUUACUAGAAUUAUUAAUGUAAAAUAAGAAAAUAAAAACAAGAAUUAUGACAGCUAUGGGACAAGAUCGCUACAAGAGUGAAAUAGACACAUUUUCUUUCGAUUCUUUGUAUAAGAGAUAUCUCGAGAUACAAUAACUACAUCCAUUUUAGGUGUCCCGAUAUUAUAUUCAUAUUUUCAUAAGAGUAGAACAGAGAAAUUGAGGACAAUAAAGAACAUAUAUGUUGUAUAACUUAAUAUUUUUUAUAUUAUUUAGCAUACAAAUAAUUAAUCAUGAAACCUAGGAGCAAUUACGCAACGGGACGUUGGCUCGAUAUCAAAAUCACGAGCCUAAUAUAAUAUUCGUCAGUUUGUCUUGCAAUAUUUAAUGUAAACAAAAAUUCUUUUUAUUAGAUAGUAUAUGUACGACAAAAAUAAUCUACAAGAUUCGUUGCAAUAUCUGAAAUUUUUGUUUCACCUUUUUUUCGUUCUUGAUAAUUAUGUACUAAAUACGUCACAAAUAUGAUCUUCAUUUGAAUGAAACGGAUGAAAUUUCUGAUAUUGCGUUUACAUUAUAUCUUACAGUUUUCACAUACACACCGCAUAUAUACCUCUAAGAUACAUGCAUACACACACUCACGCAUACAUGAAUAUAUGCCUAAUAUGUAUAAUGAAGAAAACAAAGUGAUCCAGACAACAACCACAUCAAAU